AUGCGGUCCGCCCUCUGGACUGCGUCCGUGGCGAGCGUGCUGCCCUUUCUGCUGCCCGAGCUCGCCCACGCCGCCUCGCACCAGACGAAUCAAUACUUCACUUCCAACGACGAGCUUCUUCUCCGAUCUGACCCCGUCACACUCUUUGGAGGCCGACCGGCAGACUGCCCGCCAUGCUUCAACUGCAAUCUCGACGACUUUGUGUGCAUGCAAUACGGCAACUGUACCCAGAGCAGCGGCAAAUGCUCCUGUCCACCGGGAUUUGGCGGCGAGGACUGUAGCCAGCCUCUGUGUGGCUCACUCGCGGAUAAGGACCGCCCACCACGCUCGGGCGAUAAGCCUUGCGAGUGCAAGGAUGGCUGGGAGGGUAUCAACUGCAAUGUAUGCAAGACGAACGAUGCGUGUGAUGCGAUGAUGCCUGGCAAAACCAAGGGUGGUGUUUGCUAUAGAGAGGGGGUCGUGGUCAAGGAGAACUUCCAAAUGUGUGACAUCACAAAUCGCAAGAUCUUAGACACCCUCAAGGACAAGAAGCCACAGGCGACGUUCAGCUGCAAUGCUGAGAGGGAGGAAUGCAACUUUCAGUUCUGGGUCGAGCAGAAGGAGAGCUUCUACUGCGCACUGGAUACGUGCAGCUGGAACAUGCACGUCACAGAGAACAAGAACACGACCAAAUACGAGUGUAAGAACAUUGAGUGCAAGUGUAUUCCUGGGCGCAUGCUGUGUGGCGCUCAAAACAGCAUCGACAUCUCAGACUUCCUGGACCAAGAGAUCAAAGGCCCCGCUGAGUUCACAUCCGUUCGGACAUAUGGGAACUCCAAAGAUGAUGGCAGCACGUUUUCCGAGCCGGCCAUGAAUGGCCUAAUCUCCAGUGUGUUUGGAGACCCCAGUAUCAUGCUUUCUUGCCAUAGCGGUGAAWGCAUGUACAAGACCGAGGUCCCUGGUUAUGAGAGGCCUGUCAAGAAGAUCAACACGCCGCUCAUCGCCGGUGUUAUCGCCGGCUGUGCGCUGUUCGUGGUGGCUGUAGUUCUGUUGAUAUUCUUCUUGAGCCGGAGGACUGCAAGUACCAAGACAGGUUAUAUCGCGCUUGGUGAUGAGGAAGAGGAAGAGAACGCCAGGCUGCUCGCGGAUCACAAGCCUGCGGCGUUACUAUUCGAGAACGUUUCCUACAAUUUGAAAGGCAAGCAGAUUCUGUCAAACAUUGCAGGCGCUGUCCAUCCUGGAGAACUGUUGGCCAUCAUGGGCGCAUCAGGCGCAGGCAAAACUUCCUUUCUGGAUAUCCUGGCACGCAAAAACAAACGCGGUACUGUGACGGGUGAAUCUUGGCUCAACGGAGAAAAGGUCGACGAUGACCAGUUCAGGAACGUCAUCGGGUUCGUGGACCAAGACGAUACAAUGCUUCCGACCCUGACAGUACACGAAACGAUCUUGGAUUCCGCCCUUUUGCGUCUACCAAAGCAGAUGAGCCGGGCCUCCAAGGAGCAAAAGGUCGAAGACGUUGAACGACAGCUCGGUAUCUACCACAUCAGGAACCAGGUCAUUGGUUCUGAGGAAGGUAAUGGUCGGGGCAUCUCUGGUGGAGAGAAACGCAGAGUGGGAAUUGCUUGCGAGCUAGUAACCAGUCCUAGCAUCCUCUUCCUCGAUGAGCCGACCUCCGGAUUGGAUUCUUUCAACGCGUUCAAUGUUGUCGAGUGCCUUGUCACUCUGGUCAAGACCUACAACAGGACAGUGGUGUUUACGAUUCAUCAACCGCGUUCCAACAUCGUUGCUCUCUUCGAUCAGCUAAUUUUGCUAGCCCAGGGGCGGACCGUCUACAGCGGGCCAUUCAAGGACUGCCAGGACUACUUCGACUCGAUUGGUUAUUCGUGCCCACCAGGAUUCAACAUCGCUGACUACCUGAUUGACUUGACGAUGCACGCAAGCUCGCCACAUGAAUCCGAUCUGAUGGAAUUCGGAUCGGAUGCCGAUGGGCGAACCACCCGUGCGAGCUCGACAAUAGCUGUGAAGAGUGUCCCGAGUGUGAGCAACAUUAGCGUCGGCGAGUCCGUGACUUCCAAUCCCAGUGAUGGCUUGCUGCGACCGAAGUCGAAACGUAAGACGAGCAUAAGGCAACAGCAGGAGCGCCAGCUAUACACGCGGAAGAGCACUCACGAGAACGGAGCGCCUUCCAGUCUCCGCAGCUCCGGCGAUAGCGCAUUCGAAAGAGAGAACGAAAAUAGCCACCAGCAGUGGCUAAGGCUCUCCAAGCAGCAGGGCCUGCCUCCAGCACAAAUUACAGAUGACCCGCUCAACCACCAUUCAGCAACCGACAGUAUUAAUGGAAGCAACCUCGAUCAUCUGAUAUCCGCGUAUCUCGGUUYGGAUGUAGCCUCUGAUCUGCGCAGCGGAAUCCAUAGCCUUAUAUCUUCUGCAACGGAAAGCAAUGGUCUACGUUCGCCGAGUGGAUCCUCAAGCAGCCGGAUCAGAGGGUACGAAAAGCCCUGGAUUCACAGCCAAUUCAUCAUCUUGUCACGCCGGACAUGGCGUAAUCUAUACCGCAACCCGAUGUUGAUGCUCACCCACUACGCGAUCGCUAUCGUCCUGGCUGUGUUCCUUGGCUUCCUCUUUUACGGCCUGACAGACGACCUCGCGGGCUUCCAGAACCGUCUCGGUUUCUUCUUCUUCAUGUUGGCGCUCUUCGGCUUCAGCACGCUUACUUCACUCACUGUCUUCGCUCCAGAGCGCUUGCUCUUCCUCCGCGAACGCGCCAAGGGGUAUUACUCGCCUCUCGCGUACUAUCUCUCUAAAGUGGUCUUCGACAUUGUCCCCCUCCGUCUGAUUCCUCCGAUUAUCAUGGGGUGCAUCGUUUAUCCUAUGACGGGCCUCAUACCUUCCUGGCCGGAAUUUCUCAAGUUCAUGCUCUUCUUGAUCCUCUUCAACCUCGCUUCGGCGAUGAUUUGUCUAUGCAUUGGCAUUUGCGUCCGCAAUCAAGGCGUGGCGAACUUGGGAGGAAUUCUGGUGAUGCUUUUCAGUCUCCUGUUCUCGGGCUUCUUGCUCAAUCAUGAGACGAUCCCUGCCCCAGUGAGGUGGUUGCAGAAGCUCUCCAUCUUCCACUUCGGUUUCGAAGGUCUAAUUGUCAACGAAGUACGAUAUCUUUCGCUCGUGGACAAGCAAUAUGGACUUGACAUCGAGGUCCCUGGGUCCGCCAUUCUCUCCAGUUUUGGGUUCAAAGUCCUGGCCAUGUGGGAGGAUGUGCUCGGCCUGGGAGUCUUUUGUGGCGUCUUCCUGGUUUUGGGUUAUGUAGCGAUUCACUUUUUGUUGGUCGAGAAGCGAUAA